GUAUCAUUCUUUAUCCAUCAUGCUUUCUAAUAUGCACGUUUAGUUUAGUCCUUUCAACUGAUGUCAUUAAGGUCGAAACGUAAUUAUUACUUUACGUAAUGCAAAAGGGUAAGAAUCGUGGUCAAAACCGCUCUUCUGGGUGGACGUCCAGUCAGCUAGGACAGGCUAGGAGUUGAGGAAGCCGCAGCUCAUCCCUCCUCCACCCGCUGUUUCUACCUUGGUUUUACUCCACCAUGGCACAACCGAGCAGGGUGACUGUUACCUUUUCCGAGCCCAACAAGGGUGAGGCCAUCAUCGAAGGAAAGACGAAAGUCGUUCACGCCAUCGUCGGCGAUCCAGCCCACGUCUUGGUACUGAACAAGGACCGCAUCACCGCCGGAGAUGGGGCAAGGGCUCACGACCUUGAAGGCAAGGCUGCCAUAUCCAAUGCCACCAAUGCCAAGGUGUUCAGCUUCCUCCAGCUGGCGGGUAUAAAAACCUCUUUUGUACAACUUUGUGGAGAAACCAGCUACAAAUCUCGCAGGUGCCACAUGAUCCCCUUGGAGUGGGUCACUAGAAGGGUGGCCACAGGAUCCUUCCUCAGGCGCCACACAGGUGUCAAUGAAGGGUACAGGUUCACACCACCCAAGAUGGAGACCUUUUACAAGGAUGAUGAGAACCAUGACCCCCAGUGGAGUGAGGAACAGAUCUUGGAAACACGCUUGAAUGUUGGAGGAGUUGUCAUUGGCCGCAAUGAGUACGACAUCAUGGCAAAAACAACUGUUGCUGUCUUUGAAAUUUUGGAGAGAGCUUGGGCAGCUCUGGACUGUGCUCUUAUUGAUAUGAAAAUUGAAUUUGGUAUAGACAGUGAAACCAAGGAGAUCCUAGUUUCUGACACGAUUGACUCUGAUUCAUGGAGGUUGUGGCCAUCUGGAGAUAAAAGGCUCAUGAAGGACAAGCAGGUGUACCGGAACUUGGAGAAAGUAACUGAAGAAGGACUGAAUCAGGUGAAACGUAAUUUCCAGUGGGUUGCUGACAAGCUGGAUUCCUUCAUACCCACUCCUCGAGGCCUGGUUGUAGUGCUUAUGGGUUCCCCGUCUGAUGCUGGACAUUGCGAAAAGAUCAGAGAUCACUGCAGGAAGCUUGGAGUGCCCUGUGAACUCCGUGUCACCUCGGCUCACAAGGGAACGGAAGAAACGUUGGCCAUAAUUGCCCGGUAUGAAGGCAUGGCUAUCCCUAUUGUAUUCAUUGCUGUUGCGGGUAGAAGCAAUGGUCUAGGGCCUGUCACUUGUGCCAAUACUAGUUACCCUGUCAUAAACUGCCCACCAUUGAGACCUGAGGAAGCUUCAAGAGACAUUUGGUCUUCACUUAGUUUGCCUUCGGGUAUGGGGUGUGGAACUGUACUGUAUCCUGAGGCAGCUGCACAGAGUGCAGCUUCAAUACUUGCUCUCAAUGACCAUGUGAUCUGGUCAAAGAUAAGAGCUAAGCAACUCAAUCUGUGGAUCUCUCUGAAGAUGGCUGACCAGAAGAUGUGUGAAACCAAUUGAAGCUUCUCCAGGAUGUCAAAUGAAAAUGGUUAAUUUUGUAUAAAAUAAUGACCAUUGCAAAUUUGGAAUAUGCUUGUACUAAAGUCUUUGAUUUGUUAAAUAUAAUGUUACAACUUU